AGGUAGUGGCGUGGAGUGAGCAGAGAGAAGAGUUUAUGCUGGACUAUCCGGACGCCUCCGGAGCUGUAAAGUUGGAGUGUUCUGUGUGUUCUUGGGCUGACACUCAUGCGCGCUAAGCGGCGCUGGACCUCAGAGGUGCUGCGUAUCUGCUCAGAAGUGUUGUAAUCUUUUUGUUUGUUUGUUUUCUUCGUUUUCUAUUUUAGGAAAGUUACGCUCCUCUGCUGUCAAUGCCAGCACAGGUAGAAAGGAUCCCGGAAGAACACGUUGCGGCGGUUGCCAGGUUAUUUGCAUAACUUGUUCAUUUAUGUUAAAGUAAGGGAACACCGAUGGGCUUGUUUAUACUCUCCGAAAAGUAGUUCAUUCUUUCUCAGAUUUAAGAAGUAACGAACGAAAAGAAAAUGACGGACACGAGGAAGAAGAUCCUGUAUGUGGUGAUGGAUGUUUUGUGCGUACUAAUUGCGGCGCUGCCCUCCAUCAUCAUGACCAUUGUGUACAAACCUUAUCAAAGGGGGAUUUACUGUGAUGAUGAAAGUAUUAAGUACCCCCUAAAACCAGACACCAUCACUCAUAGCAUGCUGGCAGUCGUCACCAUCUCCUGCACUGUCAUCAUCAUCUGUUCUGGAGAGGCUUACUUGGUCUACAGCAAGAGAAUUCACUCAAAUUCAGACUUCAACCAAUAUGUAGCUGCACUCUACAAAGUGGUUGGCACCUUUUUGUUUGGAGCAGUCGUUAGCCAGUCGCUGACUGACCUUGCUAAGUACACAAUUGGUCGCCCAAGGCCAAACUUCAUGGCUGUAUGCUCUCCGAAGGUCUGCACGGGUUAUAUGCAUGUUAUCAACUGCACAGGAAGGGUGGAGGACGUCACAGAGUCGAGAUUGUCCUUCUACUCUGGUCAUUCCUCAUUUGGAAUGUACUGCAUGCUCUUCUUAGCACUUUAUGUGCAGGCAAGACUUGCGGCUAAGUGGGCCAGACUUCUCCGACCCACCAUCCAGUUCUUCCUGGUGGCCUUCGCGGUGUACGUGGGUUACACCCGAGUCUCUGAUUACAAGCACCACUGGAGCGACGUGCUGGUGGGGCUGCUGCAGGGAGCGCUUGUUGCUGUACUCAAUGUUCGCUUUGUGUCCGAUUUUUUUAAGGGGCGUCCUCCACGUUGCACAAGGCCAGACGCAGUUGAUAGCGAGGAACCGGAGAGGAGGCCAAGUCUGCAGAUUGGAGACUCCGAGCAUAGCAACCAUUACAACUACCGCAACAAUCCUGGUCCUUUGUGAUAAGGCACAGACACUUGGCUGCAGCCUGCAGACCCCAAACCUGUGUGGUAGUUUCUAAUAGGGGGCUACAGCCACACUUAGUUCAGUUAAAAACCCGGCUCAUCUGCAGUCUUGACUCUGACGGCUGCCUAUUAAAUCCCUGUGCCUUUGUGAGCUUUGCAAUCAACCUGUUGCUUUUCUUUUUGAAAAGAAGAUGGAUAUCUGGCAUGUAGCUAUCAGCCCCCAUUACUCCCAGCUCCUUCACUCUGUGUCAACCACUCACACUCCACCUGCUCCACUGGACUGACUGAGAGGACUGCAUCCCAUUGCCAGGUGCCUGAGCCCCCUCUGAAAGACACCACAAUGACCUUCUUUUCUCCUGCAGAAGAAAGGGAGAAACCUGUUUUUAAGAAGUUGAUGUUAGACGUUUAUUGCUGCAUUUAGCAAAACUCCAGACUCACUGAGACAGAGCUGUAACACAUUGUUGCCUUAUUGAAUACUGGUGGCUAGUGUGUCACCGGACAAGUCACAGCAGUUUAAUCCGUUUCUUAUGUUGCAUUUUUCAUAAAGUAUCAUGCAGUGAGUUUCAGAGAAAAGAAAAUCUGAUAUUGAUGAUUACCGUCAAGUCCCGUUCUAGGAUCACUUUUUAUUUUUGGUAUGUGACUUAAUGAAACUUCAACUUUUAAAAAAAAAAAAAAUGUUUUUAACUUCUGCAUGUUGAGAUCCAAAUCUGUCAGCAGUGAUUGAGGAGAAGUAAAACUGCUCAUUCUUGAAUGUUUAGAAACUGGUGGAGGUUCAGUUUGUGGAUUAGCUUGAUUUCAACGCACCUUAAACUGGCUCCACACCAGACCAAAGGAAUGUUGCACAAGCUAAAAAGUCAGCUGCAGACCAUCAGCUGUAUAUCAGCUUAACCAACAUGUCAUACAAGAAUACAGCAACAUCUCUUAGUCAUCCAAAUAUAACUUACUAAUUUAAGUAACCCUGAUUUUUUUUUUCCCUUCUACAUAUUGGCAAUCUUCUCUAAACUUUCUUCUGGCCGGUGCCAGCUAGCUUAAAUUUUCAACAUAGUUGUGUCUAAUGUGGGCCAAAUUCAUCUUGAACGAAAGCUAUAAUGUUUUAAAUAUGUAAAAAUGGACUGCAGAUUUAAAAGCCAUUGAUGCAUAAAGCUUUGGUUUCUGCUGAACUUUGUAUUACAUCACUACCACUACAUGGCCGAUGAAAUAUAAAGAAAUUUGGCCUAAUCUUCUUCUUUUAUUGUAUUUUAUUUCAAAUAAUCAGAAAAGGACAAGACAUCCGUUUUGAAAAUGGUGUUUAAUUUAUUUCAAAUAGAAAAACUUCUUUGUUUACUCUUACAAGGCUAGGAAUGCCAGCUCUGUUAAGGGUUUUGUGCAAUCACCCCUGCUUGCCACUAUGAGCCACAAAUACUGUAUCUACUAAUGCAAUGAAAUAUGAGUUGUGUUUCUUGAAGGAUGUGUUUAUGUACAUAUAUGCUUGUAUGCUUUCAUUUUAAGAAAUUUUUGUUUUACCUGUACAGAACAGUGUGCCUUGGCUCAUGCUUUCUUAGACUCAUCUGUUGGAUUUGCCAACCAAACAGAUCCAGUUCCAGAUCCAAACAUAAGCCAGAUGCCUUGGCAAGGCUUUUAAAGAGCUGUUGUAAUAAUGACAACGAGUUACAUACCCAGCUGCGUGUUUUUGAAGCUGGUAACACUGCUUGUUCCCACUUCAAAGAUCAUUCUGUUCCUUUCCUCCCUUCUCAUGUUAAUAGAUGUGAUUCAUUUGCGCACAAAGUCUCCUGUACGGUUUUUGUAUAGCGUGCAGAACCCUGGAGGACUGACAAUAGAUCUGACAGACCACUAACCUGAUAGUCCAUUGAAAAAGUAGACGUAGAUAGGAACACAGAGAGAUUCUCACCUGGUAGUGAUAGAAAGGGCCCUGAAGCUGUGCUUGGACUCCAGAGAGGAGGGAGGGUUACUAAAGAAGGGUGGGCUUUGCAGAGCCUCAUAGUGAAGCAUGGGCCUGAGGGAUUUCCACAGAUUUAAAACACUUAGAACACAACGAGAAACAGCUGGAACUGGUUGCAGUGAAGUGAUGUGCUCUGCCCUCCCCCGCUUCCAACAUCUAAAUCAUCUGUGUGUUACACAGCCAGAGUAACGAGGGUGGAGAAAUAUCACUGUUUGGUUCUCCUUUUGGUUUUAUACUGAUCAUGUUUCUGCCUUGUGUUGCCAUGCCUUCAGUAACUUAAAGCUUCUACCUGUCGACUAGUAGCUGUGGUUCAUGUUUGCUUUUGUGUAGCCUAUAGAUCUUAUCUAUAGUCAGAUAAUUUAAAAUAAAGUUAUAUUCCAACCUC